AUGACUGACCCGGUUCCACGAAGCACAAAAUCAGUCAAAAGCCGCCUUGACACUAUUAACCCGACUGAUUCAAAGAAAAGACUUACUAAUAUUUCUAAAGUACAAUCUCACUUUUUGGUACCAUCGGAUAAAUUAGACAAAGCCACUCGAAGAGUGAUAGCUCCUUAUGCCCAAAUAGAAAGAAAAGGUCUCAAAGAAGAGGAAGCCAAAGGAACGUAUUUGGAUAUUAACAGAUUUAAUGUGUUCUUGGAAGAUACCGUUGAUUUGGACUCAUUGUUGUACGAAACUGCGAAUGUCUUGAAAACUGUUACUAAUAGUUCUGGUGUAUUCAUAUACAUUGUGGACAAAAUAAAUAAUGAAAUCGUUCUAAUGACACAAAAUACAAAAAAUCCAGAGCGUCACGUAGUUAACAUACCGAUUGAGGAAGGUAAAACAGCAGCAGCUCAUGUAGCAUUCACAAAAGAGUUUCUUCUAAUAGAGGAUGUUCAACGAGAUCGUCGUUUCGCUGAAGGGUUGAAGUGGAUUGAUGCGAAAGUAGUACUUUGUAUGCCGAUCAUUAAGCCGGACGGAGAUUGCUAUGCAGUUUUAGAAUUGUAUCGAACACAUGCUGAAACUUAUGACCAUAAUAUACUAUACACGGUAGUGAGCGUAGCGUGCUGGGCGGGCGCCGCCGUGCACCAGGCGCAGGCGCGUGUCACGCUGCAACGGAUGGCCCACUUGAACCACGAGUUACGAGCUCUACUUCAGAACUACUUCUGUGACCUCGCCUCUAUAGACACCAUGCUUACUGAUAUGUUGGCAGUGGUAAAAUCGUUCAUCGGUGCAAUGCGCAGUAGCUUCUUUAUAAUAGACAAAGACCACGUCGGAGAUCACCUCCAAGCUGACAUGUGGGACGAUGGCUGGAGUUCUGAAAAGUCGACUAUGCCUAGAAGAAAGAUAAAAGUGAACUUAAGUCAGGAGCAAACUCCAGUAGGACUUGUAGCCAAAACUGGUGAACCACUAAACGUUCGAGAUGCCUAUAAGGAUCCAAGGUUUUCAAAGGAAAUCGACCCAACUACGGGUACUGUUGUUAGAUCCUGUUUAGUUUCUCCUAUUGUGGAUAAAAAAGGUGUAAUCGGAAUAGUACUUUUAACAAAUAAAUUAAAUGCUAAAUCGUUUGAUUCUGAAGAUGAAACAAUAUUUCAAGUGUUCAUCGACUAUUGUUCAUUGAUCGUACACUUUUAUAACAUGGAAGUGAAGAAAAUUUAUCACCAAAAUCUCAAUAAAGUAUACAGUGACCUGAUGCAGCUGCACCUAAGUCCUUGUAAACAUGAUAUGGAUGAAUUAAUGGAAACUAACGGAAUGGUGUUGCCACCAAAUAAUUUUCGAAGUUUUGAUUAUCACAUAAGCGAAGGCAGCAAGGAAGACAUGCCGGGGCUCGUGUGCUAUAUGUACGGGGAAACCUUCGCAGAUAGACACUUUGAACGGCAGAACUUAGCAGAUUUCGUGCUAACCGUCCUCCAGUGCUACAGACACAACCCAUAUCACAACGCUGAACACGCGUUCUACUUCACUCAUACAAUGUUUCUCAUUCUGACCAGCAAUAACGGCUACUUUGAUUUUGUUGAGACGGCCGCCCUGAUGCUGGCAGGCUUGUGUCACGACUUGGACCACCCCGGAUACAACAACAACUUCCUAUCCCUGUGCAAGCACCCUCUCGCGCAGAUGUACAGGUCCUCCAUGCUGGAGAACCAUCAUUACUUCUUGGCUAAGAAAUUAAUUGAGAUUAGAGCAGAAUUAACACCAAUUCUAACGGACUGUGCCUACGAUUGGUCUGAUAAUUCACAUCGUAAGUUACUGAAGGGAGAUAAAGAGCGUGAGAUGGGCUACACGCCGCUCAGCAUGAUGGACCGACGACGCAGCGUGAACCAGCCCGCGGAACAGAUACAGUUCCUCUCUGUGGUGGUCCUUCCCUGCCUCCUCCUGUUGCAGAAUAUCUUCCCUAACACUAGUCCGCUUACUGAAAAUUGCAGGAAAACGCAAGAAGCAUGGCACGAAGAGAUAGAGAUCAGAGGGCAGAAAUUAUGGCGACAAGAUGACUCCAUUGUCAACCCGAGUAGAAGCCGCAUCGUGUUGAAGUCAGAUAAAGAA